AUGCGGCUUCAAACAGGAUUAACACAGACUGAUAAAAAUGAAAUAGCACAGUUUUCAGAUUGGCUUUUAAGAAUAGGAGAGGGUCGAAUAUCUGAGCCUAAUGACGGCACCGCCGAAAUUGACAUACCACCUGAUAUUUUGAUAAUAGAAUUUGAUGAUCCGAUUGUGGCCAUUGUCAAUACCACAUACCCUGAUUUCAUAAAUAAUUUCCAAUCCGUUGAUUACCUUAAAAUUAACAAAACAGGAGAAAUUCGUGACUACUACAACGCAAAUUCAGUUGACAAGUCUGAGAUUCAUGACCCAACAGUAGUUGAUAUCCUCACGCCAGAAUUUCUAAGUUCCCUCCGAACAUCAGGUUUGCCUAACCAUCACUUAAAACUAAAGGUUGGGACACCUAUAAUGCUCAUGAGAAACAAAGAUCAAUCUGAAGGUUUGUGUAACGGCACAAGGCUGUGCAUAACAAAGAUGGCAGCCCAUGUACUCGAGGCUUCAAUAAUGGGCGGUAAAGGUUUAGGAAAUUUGGUUUGCAUACCUCGAAUGGACAUGUCACCAUCCCAAUCACCAUGGCCAUUCAAACUGAAUAGAAGACAGUUCCCUAUUAUAGUUUCCUAUUCUAUGACAAUCAACAAAUCACAGGGACAGUCAUUGGAUAACGUCGGUUUGUACAUACCAAGAGAUGUAUUUACACACGGUCAGAUUUAUGUUGCAUUGUCAAGAGUAACAACAAAAAAGGGAAUCAAAAUACUGAUACAUGAUGAAGAAAAGAAAUUCAAGGGGAAAACUACAAAUGUUGUGUAUAAAGAGGUUUUUAACAAUGUCUGA